AUUUGAUUUACCCUGGCGUUAAUGUUUGACAGCUGGCCAUCCUCCUGUCAACGGUGUGCACAUAAACGGUACAACUCUCCCAAAAGCAGUAUGAAAUGAGAUACGUGCACGGGAAAACAAAUCUGAAUGGAACAAGACAAACCGCACAGCAUGCUCAACAUCAGCAGAUGGGGAUAGAUGGAAGAGCGAGGUGGGAGAAAAGGACAGGAAUAUGUCUAAUGUCUCACCCUCCAUCGAGUGGAGCCCUCUGUGAAUGCAGCCUGCUGUAUCAUCCAUCUGUGUGGGGGACAUCUUUGGUCUGUCAAAGAAGAGGAUCUUUCAUUUACCAGAGUUGUGAUCUGUUGAGGAAAAAUCUCUUUGAUAUGUGCUAGAAAAGGAUGACUGUACAGUGGGGAUCUCUCCUCAUUGUGUGUUUCUGAGGAGGAUCUUUGUGUUGGCCAAGGCUCUCUGAAUAAUGGUUAAUAGGAUACUGUGGCUGCACAUGUUACAUUGCAUCAGCCCAUAGAAAAUACGUGAUUCAGGGAUGGCCCCCUCACUAUUUGAAUCGUCAACAGUACAUGUUGACUAUGCUGACCUUUUGUUUUGGUGAAGACUAAAAAAUAAUUGCAUGACAAGGGUGAUAGGAUGAAUUUGAGCUAUAAAUGCAUUGAACUCAACAUGUCAAUAAUGCGAAAGACACCAUCCUGUCUUGACGGAACACUCCAAAAGAAUGACAAGUGACAGGGUGAGGAGGAGGAACAAGAGGAGGAACAGAAGGGAGAAUAAAAGGGUCAUCAUGAUUUUGACGUGGCCCUUCUCCUACCAUGCCCCCAUACCCUGUGUGGGUGCUGUGUCGGGGGUGGGGAGGGGGCAGGGUGAUGUGUACUAAGUGAGGAAGGGGUGUGCCAUGCUUCCCAAGGUGGCACCCGUUCUGCCCACCACCGCUCUAUCAGUCCCCUAUGUGUGCCGUUUUGUGCCCUUGCUGUUGCCACUCUGUGGAGCUGCCAUGCUGGGAGUGGGCUUCUGCCACCUGCUGCCUGCCUCCUGACCCCACCUUGACCCCUGGGUGGACAGCCAGUCGAGCUGGGGAACAGGCGGAAGGAGGGACGAAGGCCUUCUCACAGGGGAAUCCAUUCGUCAGGGACACAGGGGAUGUCAAGGACCAGAGCACUGCUGCAUAUGGCUCACCACUGGAGGGUGCUAUAGAACUACAAGAGGAAAAGAUGGAACAGUCUGUCAGUCUGACGUUCACCCUGGAUCCCUCUGUUGCUGCUCUAUCCCUCCACCUCCUCCCUCACUAUGACCUUCCACGGACCAAGCCCUCUGUCACUACCCUCUCAUCACCAUAGCAACAGGGUCACUGGUUCAGUAUCCCAGGAGUCUGCCCCUCAGCUCCUCCCUCAGGUGUGUGGGGACGUGGUCAUCGUCAGGGGUCAGUUUUACUGGGAGGUGGAUGUCUGCAACAGCACUCUGUAUAGGAUAGGAGUGAGCUCAUUGGACGAUGCUUGCGGCUGGUGGCUUGAAAGGCGGGGCUUGUCCUUCUCCACUGUGUACGAUAGCCGUCGGGAGCCCUUACUGCCCACUCGCUUCAGCAACGCUGGGGUGCGUCCCGCUCUGGGGCUGGGCCAGGGCAUGCUGAGGCUGAGGCUUCGCUUUGGCCUACCCCCUCCACCCCACAUCUUCCUCAGCCGAGCGUCCGCCGCGUCCACUGGUGGGGGUCGCUGGCGCAGAGACGUGCCCUUCCAGUCUGUACGGGCGGUCAUCCAGAAGUUUGAGGAGCUGGCGGUGUCAGAUUCUCACUCUGGGCUGGUGUCCAGUUUUGGGUCGUCCUGCUCCACUCUGGCCUCCUUGGCCGAAGCAGGCCCAGGUCUAGGCUUCAGCCUCAGCCCAGGAGCAGCUUGCCAUCGUGGGCAAGAGGGGAAGGGGGCUGGGGCAGAGUAACAUGUGGAGGACAGAUUAUAGUACCUUGUACAAUGAUGGGCCUCUACCCGCUGGUGAUCGGAGCAAACUACUACCACGUCACAUUACAAAUAGGUUUUUAUAAGGUUGGUGAUGACACUGUGCGAAAAAUUUGGGAUAAACUUGUGAGAUGGAAGGGCCAUUCUUCUGCUUUAUGAUAGGAGAAACCCAUUUGGGAUGAGUUUGAUCUUUGGAUGACUAUUUCCAUGACUAAUUUCUCAUCUCUGAGGAACUCUGUGACUUUCUCAUCAGUGUGAUUGUGACCCAGUAGUUUACUUUCUCCCCAGGAUGCUGGGCUUCCUCUCAGCUACACAACCCCCAGAGGUUUGGGGCUGGGCCCGGGCUGUCUGUAGGAGGAGGAUUUCUCACUGGGGGUCCCACAUUCUGGUGUGGGGGUUGAUGGUAGGACAGUAGGGUUGAUACGGAUGGUGGCGGUGUGUGUGAGGAUGUGAGGUGUGGGAGUCAGUGGCAGUGACACUACCAGUGUUGACACUGGGUCACAAAGACAAGUGGUAAAGUACAUUUAUCCAGUGGUGUGUGUGUGUUACUCCCUCUGCCCCAUCUUGUCUCUCCAUUAUCUGUCUGUUUUCUCUUUUUCUGCUUUUUGCAUGUUCUGGAAAGGACAAUUCAAUCAAUUGGUCAGACCACCCAAGUUGUAAAUCACAUUGUACAUUUUUGUUUUUUAAAUCCACCAAAUUAAAACAACCAUCAAUCA